AUGGUUGUUUUCAAUGGUAAAAUGAUUUUAAAACUCAUCGAAGCUGACGAUCUCCGUGCAACACAACAUUCAACGCGUUAUUUUCCUGCAAAUCCUUCGACUGCUUUCCUUAGUCCAUAUAUCUCGAUUGAUAUCGAUGAUCUGCCAUUAGGUCGUACUCAUACAAAAGAGAAGACGACGUCGCCCGUGUUCAAUGAAGAGUUUAUCCGAGAUGUACAUAGCGGUCAACAGUUACAUUUCACGAUUUUUCAUGAUGCUGCUUUACCGCCGGAUGAGUUCGUUGCCGAUUGCACGGUGAAAUUUGAGAAAAUUCAUGAUAAGAAGAGUGACAUUUGGGUCGAUCUCGAACCAGCUGGACGAAUUCAUAUCGCAAUCGAACUACAAGGACAAUUUACUGAUUCUGUCAGUAAUGAACGACAUUUUAAACAAAACAAACGAGCUUUUGCCCAACGACGUUUCGCUGUCGUGCGUCGUGUGUAUGAGAUCAAUGGACAUAAAUUUAUGGCCACGUUUUUUCGUCAACCAACAUUCUGCUCAAUAUGUUCUGAAUUUAUCUGGGGUAUCUUUCGUACACAAGGUUAUCAAUGUCAAGUGUGUACAUGUGUGAUACAUAAACGUUGUAAGGCAUCGGUAGUGACAACUUGUCCAGGAAUUCGAACAUGUUUUGAAUACCGUGAAAAACGUUUUAAAAUUAACGUUCCACAUCGAUUUGUUGCACAUACAUAUCGAUUAUUUACUUUUUGUGAUCAUUGUGGAUCACUCUUAUGGGGAGCGUGGAAUCAAGGAAUGCAAUGUCGAGAAUGCAAAUUGAAUGUCCAUAAACGUUGUACGCGCAAUGUCGCCAAUGAUUGUGGUUUAGACAAGAAGAAACUUGCGUCAGUUCUCGCCGAUCUCAAUAUCAACACUGAACCACAAAAGAUGACAAAUCCACCAAGUGAAGUAGAUACAUCAUCUGCUAAUCAAGCUUCAUCAACAACAACAAAACAUGCAACACCUCCGCCGGCAUCGUUCGAAGAUAUCGCGACCAAACGAAAACAUCACUAUUCUAUUGACGACUUUAAUUUCAUGAAAAUGUUAGGAAAAGGAUCGUUUGGAAAAGUAAUGUUAGGUGAACACAAAGCAUCUGGUGAAGUUUUUGCUAUAAAAGUGCUCAAUAAAGAUGCAAUUAUUCAAAAUGAUGAUGUCGAAUGUACAAUGACUGAACGACGAAUCUUAGCCUUAGCCGCACGACAUCCAUUCUUAACCGGAUUGUACUGUAGUUUCCAAACGAAGGAGCGCUUAUUUUUAAUUAUGGAAUAUGUGAAUGGUGGAGAUUUAAUGUUUCAAAUUCAACGUUCGCGUAAAUUUGAUGAAGUUCGCGCACGUUUCUAUGCGUCAGAAGUGACAUUAGCAUUAAUGUUCUUACAUCGACAUGGUGUUAUCUAUCGCGAUCUCAAACUCGACAACAUUCUACUUGAUGCCGAAGGACAUUGUAAAAUUGCCGACUUUGGUAUGUGUAAAGAAGGUAUAUUCGAUGGCAAACUGACAUCAACUUUUUGUGGUACACCUGAUUAUAUUGCGCCUGAAAUCCUUCAAGAGUUAGAUUAUUCAUUUUCCGUUGAUUGGUGGGCAUUAGGAGUAUUGAUGUAUGAAAUGAUGGCCGGUCAACCACCGUUCGAAGCAGAUGAUGAAGAUAGUUUAUUUGAAUCGAUUCUACGCGAUGAAGUUCUAUAUCCUGUUUGGUUAUCAAAAGAAGCUGUACAUAUUCUUAAAUCUUUUAUGACGAAAAAUCCAGCUAAACGUCUUGGUUGCGUUGCUGCACAAGGUGGUGAAGACGCAAUUAAACGUCAUGCAUUUUUUGUUGGUAAAAUUGAUUGGGAAGCUUUAGAACGACGUCAAAUCAAACCGCCAUUCAAACCAAAAGUGGUUAAUCCACGCGAUACAAGUAAUUUUGAUAAAGAUUUUACCAACAUGCCAGUCGCAUUUACACCGAUCGAAUCUGUCAUUGUCAAAGCAAUAAAUCAAGAUGAAUUCAAAGAAUUUUCAUAUCAAAAUCCUGAUUGGCGUUGCUUAGAACGUGGUGAAAUGCCGAAAGAUGAUGCUAAUGAUGGUCGACGCGCAUUACGAGAUGAUUUAGCCAUUAACUUAAAACAACCGUUACCGAUGACACCUAUCUUAUCGCAUCAAUCCGCAACAAAUGAAACCGUAUCAUCUACUAUAACGGUUGUCAAAACAGAUCAUACGCCGAUUCCACAUAUGGAAACAAAACAUAACUCAGCCACAGCACCAGUUCAAUUAAAUUCCAUGCCAUCAUCGAAUUCUUCGUCAACGACAAAUGCUCAAGCGAAAUCAAUGAUAAAUAAUAAAUCAUCUAGUAUGAAUCGUUCGACAACAGAUCAAACCGAUAUGUAA